AUGGCCAAUUCAUCUCCUCUCAAGCGCAUAAAGAUGGCCCCCAUCAAGGUUGAGACCUUUUCCUCUCUGCCAAGUGAUUUGUUGACGAGGAUAUUCGGAAAAGUUGCCUCUCACUCACUAGAGGACAUCGUUCACGUCAAACUCACUUGCAAGGACUUUUUGCAAAUUGCCAAAACAGAUUAUGUAUAUGAACAAGUUUCGCUGGACAAAUUUGCUCUUGGUCCAUUGGAAUGUGUUACUGAUGCAAAGCCUUUUCUUCACCGUGUAAGGGCUGUUCACUCUGACAGUGAAAACGUUGACGGGCCAGACGUAGAUUACUUAGACCCAGAGAGAAUGUAUAAGAUAAACCGUCAAGUUUAUUUCUUGCAGCGGUGUAGGGGUAGUGGGAAUCCUGAAGUGUUGUAUCGUGAAGGGGUGGUUAAUUACUUCCGUGAAUCAUCAGGUCCUACUAUGCAACAAAAGGCUCUUGAAAACUUGAAAAUCGCAGCAAUGAAAGGAUAG